GGAUAAUUGAUUUUCAAAUAAUUGUUUCUUUUCAGUUACAACUUAAAGAAAAACACAAACUCAAAGUAAAGUAAAUUCCUGAAUCCAGUUACACUCAUCAAACCAAACUCAACUUUAGUUCAACUCCUUUGUCGCACAAAACCGAAACAUCCUCGUUUCUUUGUCGUACAACAUCCUCAGGAAUUCAGAAUCACCAUAAAAACCUUCAAUUAUAAUUUAUUUGUAAAAAAAUAAAUCUAGGGUUUUUGCAAAUUCUUUAUUUUUUUCAUGAAUAAAGAACAAAUGAUAAAAAUUUCACAUACCCUUUUCUUCAAUUGUGAUUACGCGUUUCAACAAACUGAAAUUCAUUGAGGGUUUCACUCAGAAAUUCAAUGGGUCGUUCUCGUGGGAAUUUUCAUCAUGCUGAUGAAGAUCCUAGCCAAAGGUCAAGGAGAAAGAAGAAUGCUGCAAGUGGAGAGAAUUCAGAAUCUGGUGCUGCCGGUCAAGGAGCAAGUGAUGGGAAAAGGGCUUUGUAUCAUUGCAACUACUGUAACAAAGAUAUUACAGGAAAGAUCCGUAUCAAGUGUGCUAUGUGUCCAGAUUUUGACUUAUGUAUCGAGUGCUUUUCUGUUGGAGCUGAGGUGCAACCGCACAAAAGCAAUCACCCUUACAGGGUCAUGGACAAUCUGUCUUUCCCUCUUAUCUGCCCUGACUGGAAUGCUGAUGAUGAAAUUUUGCUUCUGGAGGGAAUUGAAAUGUAUGGCAUGGGAAACUGGGCUGAAGUUGCUGAGCAUGUUGGAACAAAGAACAAAGAAGCAUGCAUUGAACACUAUCAGAAUGUGUACUUGAACUCUCCGUUCUUUCCUCUUCCGGACUUGUCUCAUGUUGUCGGGAAAAACAAAAAAGAACUUCUUGCUAUGGCGAAAGGUCAGGGUGAGGACAAGAAAGGACCUUCCAUCGGGGAUCUUAGCAUAAAGGAAGAAUCACCCUUUUCUCCGGCUAGAGUCAAAACCGAAGAUUCCCAUAAGACUGGUUCCAAUAGCCGUUUGACUUCCAAUUUGAAUUCUGAGUCAGAUUCUGGACCCUCAGUCAACAACCAUGCUGCAGGUAGUGCUAACCAGAGGGCAUCCAACAAAGGCCGAGGAAAAGGUGGUCCUGGAAUCGUUAAGACUGAAGAUUCUCCGAUGGACAAAGAUUUUGGAGGAAAUAAGCCAAAUCCCUCACGAAAUGGCGGCCCUUCUUUAGUUGAACUCAGCGGUUAUAACGCGAAAAGACAGGAAUUUGAUCCUGAAUAUGAUAAUGAUGCUGAACAACUACUUGCUGAAAUGGAGUUUAAGGACACCGACACUGAGGAGGAGCGAGAGAUCAAACUCCGUGUGCUGCGUAUCUAUUCAAAAAGGCUUGAUGAAAGGAAGCGCAGGAAGGAAUUCAUAAUUGAAAGGAAUUUGUUAUAUCCAAGUGAAUUUGAGAAGACUUUAACACCUGAGGAAAGGGCAAUAUGCCGGAAAUAUGACAUGUUCAUGCGCUUUCAUUCUAAGGAAGAGCAUGAAGAAUUGCUUAGGGUUACUAUAGAGGAACAUAGAACUCUGAAAAGACUUACAGAGCUUAAGGAAGCCAAGGCUGCUGGUUGCCGCAAUCCAGCUGAAGCCGAAAGAUAUCUGGCACAAAAGAGAAGAAAGGAAGCUGAAGAAAGUGCUCGUAGGGCAAGAGAAGGUGCUCAUGUCGGCCCGAACAAUCACGGGGUUCCGAAUGCAAUGAUGUCUCCAGACUCUGCUGGCACAAGACCUGCUGGGCCAGCUAAUUCAAGUUCUGCCAAUCAAAUGGAUUUAUCUGGAUACUAUGGAGCAGAUUUACUUUCUGAAGCUGAGAAACGCUUAUGCUGUGAGUUAAGGAUGGCUCCUGCCAUGUAUCUAAAGAUGCAAGAGCAACUGUCUGUUCAAAUGAUUACUGGCACUGUCACUUCAAAAUCUGAGGCUCAUCAAAUGUUCAAGAUGGAGGAUCCCAUCAAAAUUGACAGGGUUUAUGACAUGCUGAUCAAGAAGGGAAUUGGUUCACCCUGAGAACUCUCCUAAUCUAUUUUACUGUUCUGCAAAAUUUUAAGUAGGACGUAUACACACCGGUUAAUCAUGCUUCUAUCCAACAUUUUCGAUACACUGUAGAGUGGAUAGAAGUGGUGUCUACCGGAAUUUCAUAGCAAAAUUAAAGACUUGUUGCUUUUAUUUGAGUAGGGUUUAUACACACUGGUUAAUCAUGCUUCUAUCCAACAUUUUCAAUGCACCGUGGAUUGGAUAGAAGUGGUGUGUACCGGAGUUUCAUAGGGAAACUACAGACUUGUUGCUUUUAUGAUUUUAUUUUAAUAAAUGAAAAACUUCUAUUGACUAA